AUGCAUUGGCGCUACUGUGAACUUCUGGCUGGUGCCGCAGCGAACCUAGCGACGGUGUCCGUAGGCUGCGGGAUAGCGUGGACAUCGCCGGUGUUCCAAAAGCUGUCCGAUCCAUCUCUAAAAGACAACCCGUUCCAGGUCGUGCUGUCAGAACGAGAUCAGCUGUGGGCUGAAUCAGCACUAACGAUCGGUGGAUUCGGUGGACCACUGUUGGCUUGUUGGAUCGCACGUCACAAAGGACCCCGGUUGGCGCUGUUACUGAGCAGUGUGCUGUACAUCGCCGCUUCGUUGUUGCUCAUGAUCAGCGGUUCAAUUUCACUGCUGAUCGUCGCUCGAUCGGUAGUUGGAUUGGCCAACGGGUACGUGCUGUUAGCUGUCACACUGUACAUCGGUGAGAUCGCGAGUGAUCCGUACCGGGGAACGCUCGGAUGCUUCAUCCAGAUUGGCAUCACCGUAGGCAUUCUGCUCGUGUACUGUACCGGUCCGUUUGUGAGCUAUCUGGCGUUGCAGGCUGUGUGUUGUGUCGUGCCGAUCCUGUUCGGAACGUUGUUCCUUUACAUGCCCGAGACACCGCACUACCUCGUGCAGAAUGGACACCUCCAGCGUGCCGUGGAAACGCUCGUGUUCUUGCGAGGUGCUCACAACGUGCAAGAAGUCCAACUCGAACUGGACGAGAUCAAACGGUACGUCCAAGGUCGCACCGGUCAGGAUGACGCUCCAGUUCCAGCCUGGCAACACCUGCGCCGUUUGCUAACGGUCAAAUCUAACCGUAAAGCACUGCUGAUCGCACUUGGAUUGGUGCUGUUCCAGCAGUGGACUGGUAUCGACAGUAUCCUUGCGAACGGAGAGCGUCUGUUCGCCGAAGCUCGGGCAUCUCUUGGAUCCAUCAACGCCACCAUCGUGCUAGGUGUGCUGCAGUUCCUCGCAAGCUGCGUGACACCAUUGUUCAUCGAUCGUACCGGGAGACGUCCAAUCUUGCUCGCGUCCGCCAUCGGAAUGGGUCUCAUGAUGGCGGCUCUCGGGACGUACUUCCUGCUCGUGCGUCAUUAUGCUACGGUUUCACUGGGACCACUACGGUGGAUCCCUCUCGUGGCCGUUGUUGGAUUCGUGACACUGUUCAACGCCGGUUUCGGGCCCGUCGCAUGGGCCAUCGUGAUGGAGAUCUUCGCUCAUGAGCUUAAACCAUUCGGACUGACGGUGUGCGUACUCGCAUCGGUUUUGUUCGAUUGCGCCAUCCAGCGGAUGCUUGCGGUACUAAUCGUGUCAGCUGGGUUCGAUUGGGCGUUCUGGACGUUGGCGGGCGUUUGUGUCGCUGGUGGCGUUUUCGGUUGGUGCGUUGUCAUUGAAACGCGAGCCCUUAACCUGCUCGAGAUCCAACAGCGGUUAGCCGGGGUCAAGGUGGUACGAUUAUGA